AUGUUCAACAACGUAGAUUCUGGAAUUCUAAUUCCACCAACCACGCCAAUGCCAGUGAACAGCAACAGUAAGCUCGUUAGCAAGGAUAAGAGGUGGUUAGAGAUCGAAGUGUGUCGGGAACAGUUGCGUGGAACAUGCGAACGCGGCGAUAACUGCAAAUUUGCUCAUCCACCAAAACAUAUGGACCUGAUUCCCGGCCAAAAAGUCACAGUGUGCUAUGAUAGUAUGCGGGAUAGAUGCACACGUGUCAAGUGUAAUUAUCUGCAUCCACCACGACAGCUAAAAGAGCAAAUCAUGAUGGCCGGAAAAGUGAACAUGCAGAUGAGAAAUGCAGUCAUGUUGGGAUUGAUUCCGUCGCCCCUCGCAAUGACCCAAAUGCAAUGCAUCAACACCUCUCAAUACCCCAACGGAGUACUGUUUCCCCAAUUCAACAACAACUUACUCUACCCCUACACCGGGACACCACUUGUUGCUCAGCCGCUUCCUCCCACUACUCUGUUUAACUCGGGAUUGCUUUCACCAUUGGGUUUGGCUCUGCAGAUGCUUCCGCCACCUUUGCUGCCAACGGCUACAGUAAUCCCAUCGGCUACAGUAUCCCCGACUAUUGAGCCCAGCUUGCAACUAGCUCAGCCAAGAAAAAGAAGCCUUGGAGAUUGGACGGAUCACCUUCCUCCAAAACGCUUCCAAGCUACAACUCUGCCAUAUCUCAACGCUUCUGCUUCCUUCCAAAUCCAACAGUACAAUCAAUCCGUUGAAAAUAAUUAUCCUAAUUAUACAGCAGCCACUAAUUAUGUACACCGCCCACCGCCACCGUUUUAA